CUCCCACCUCGCUCCUUCCAUCUCCAUGCUCCAUAUCCAUGCCUCAUAUCCAUACCUCAUAUCCAUGCCCCAUAUCCAUAUCCAUAUCUCAUAUCCAUACCUCAUAUCCCUCCCCCCAUCUCCCUCUCUACCAAACGAACACCUAUCACCGCCACCAUCAAUCGCCGAAACCAUCUCCACUCCCUUACCACUUACAUUCAAACCCCCACCAUUCCUCGCUAUGGACAUAUCCCUCACUCCCUCCCUCCAUCCUCACCUCCCCUCCCCCUUUCCUCCUCCUCCACCCUGCCAAACCCCGUCCUUUCACCCCACGCCAAACCCUUCUGCAACCAUCCGAUGCUCCUCACCCCCCAUUCGCUAAUCUUCAUUCAUGCAUCGCUCCGCUCCCUAGCCCCUCUGCUUCGAUCCCGGGACGUCCCCGCGGGACCCCUUCCCUCUCUUCCCUCCACCAAACCCCCUGGCGAACCCUGCCGAUCUCCGCCCGCCCCAUGCCGCCCAGCUAGACAUGCCAUCGUGAACGAGAGACAGAUCCCCCACCCGAUCCCCCCACCAUGCUUGCCCUGCGCCGUGCCAGCAAACCCGACCCACGCUCUCCCUUUCACCAUCUUUCACAUAUCAACAGCAGCCUCCUCCCAUCCUGUCGUGACCCUCCCCCACUCAUGGACAUUCUCACUUUGCUGAACUUUCUUCCUCAAAAUCUGCACCACCUGAACAUCCCGCCCACCGCCGCAGAACUUACACCGCAUACGCUCGAUCGACACUUUACGCUACAAACCAACCCCACCACCCCUUGCGUCCAACCCCAAAUCCAUCACCCUGGCAUCCCUACGACGUUCCACCAUGCCGAGUGAGGCACAGAUGGCGAAGUUCAUGUACUACAUCGUCAAGCAGCUCGAUGUGCGGAGUGUCGACUGGAACCUCGUCGCGAGCGACAUGGAAAUCACCAACGGCCACGCGGCCCGCAUGCGCUUCGCCCGCUUCAAGAACCAGAUGGAAGGCACAGUCCCCAAAGCCCGCGCGCCCCGCGACAAAUCCCGCGCCCCAAAAGCCAAGCGCGUCAAGACCAAGGACGAGAAGAAGGAGGAGGACGGCGGCGAGAAGGCCUUGCUGAAAUUGAAACUUGAAGAGGGUGCCGCCGCCGAUUCGGCUCCUGCCUCAGGGGAGCCCGCGGAACAAGCUCUGGCCAGGUCGCCGGCAGUCAAGCCAGAGCCAGCGGACGACGUCGUGCUCGGGGAUGCGGAUGCGCCAGGUGAGGCGGUCAACGAGAGCGAACUCCCAAAACAAACCACGCACAUGUCUCACACACCCUCUCACUCGCCGCCGAACUCGACCAACCCGACGCCAUCACAUUCCCUCGCAACUCCCACGCACCUCCACGGAUCGCCCUACCACCACCUCUUACCAGAGCCACGUCGGUCCUCUGUCAACUACUCGCCCGCCUCCAGCUACACCUUCUCCCCGCACGAGAUAAUGUCCUCCCAGGGCAGCAUGUUCAUGCAGUCCAUGGAGGGUGUGGGGUCGCAGGAUAUGGGGAUGGCGCCGACAGCCGCAUUUUAUGAUCCAUUCCUGUAUGUGUUGCCUCAGUCACAUCAGCAGCAGCAGCAGCAGACGCUGGUGGAUGCGCAGGGGAGACUGGUGAAGGGCGAGCUUCAGUGGGAUACGUCGUUUUGUUGAUGGGUGUACUGAGCGAGAUGAAUAAUGAAUCGGCGGGCGGG